GCGCCUUGCAGAGGGUUGACAUCGGCAUGCUUGAGCCAGACAUGCUCAGUGUGCCUUCCAGCUGCUACCUUUCAGUUGAGCGCGAUAUCCUCGGGCUUGAUAGAAGGAAGUGGGAGGACAGUGCUCCCAAGUACACUGCAUGCGUGUUAUACUCCAAUCGUUACAAGGAGGGGGAGCAUGAAGAUCUACUGUAUGAGUGCCCCCGUCUUUAUGGCCGCUUGACGUGGCUGUCACAGGUGGCCUGCCCAAACCUUACUUGGCUCGAGUUGGAUUAUCCAAAGCUGACUGCAGCGUUGCAGCCACUUGUGAUCGAUCGGUGCAUGGGGGCUUUGAAGCAUCUGCGCGUCAGCAGCAAUACUGUCUACGUCAAGUUUGGGGCGUUUGUUAGGCUGGACACUCUAAUUCUGACUGCCGUCAAGAAUGUGAAUAUUCACUUGGCAGAUGUCUCUGGCUUUGCUGCGGGCUUGGAGAAGAUGCAAUUGAAGUGGAAGAGCUGCUGCUCUAACAGUUAUAGGCUGGCCACCGCACUCACAAAUCCCGCAGAUUGGGAUGAGCAGCAUGAUUUGUUUCCUGAAUACUGCUACACAGAAGUUAUAUUUCCUGUGAAGAAUUCUUGAAAAAAUGAGUCACAUCUUUGGUGCGCCAUGACAAGGAGUGUUGACACAUGCAGUCCUCGGCUUGGAGCCAAUAGAUCUAGGUUCAAAUUGAAUCAUGCAAGGUUGCCUGACUGCCAGCGUCUGAUUGGCUGCGUUCAUAGUGGCUACUGUGCCUGUUAUAUUCGGUGCAUGUGUCUGAACCAUCGUGCCUUGCAAGCAUCAAACUUUGAGGGCUUUACCGAGGGUCUGCUGAUGUCCCUGCUGUGUACCUUGUAGUUGGGUACAUGAUGCACCCGGUGCGGCGAUCGCAACUGCAAGAAUUAAUGGAGCACUACUGGCAGACUUACAGAGGAUGUUUAAUUUAGCAGGGG